AUGGCACCAGCAGAAAAUACUUUCGUUGAAGGGUUGUCUGUUGAAAAGAAAAUAGCUAUUGCAGUUUACAAACUUGCCUCUUGUGCUGAAUACCGUGUAAUUGCAAAGGGAUUUGGAGUAUCAAAAAGUACUGUUUGCUUAUGUGUUCACAGUUUCUGUAAAGUUUUAAUUGAAAAUCAAAUCGGCAAAAUAUUAUCCUGGCCAAAUGCAUUAGAAUGUGAACGCAUAGCCUCGAGAUUUGAACAAAAAUUCAAACUGCCAAAUAUUAUUGGUGUUAUAGACGGCACUCAUGUGCCAAUUAAACCCCCACAAGACGGUGCUGCAGACUUUCGUAACAGAAAGGGUUAUAGUUCCAUUGCAGUGCAAGCUAUUGUGGAUGAUCAGUAUUUAUUUAAAAAUAUCACAGCACAAAAUCCUGGCUGUGCACACGAUGCAUCAGUGCUUAGGGGCAGUUCUCUAUACAAACACCAUAAUACAUUAAUUCCUGAAAGCCAUAGGGAAAUCGACGGAAUUUACAACGCCUCAAAUGAAGCUAUGCUUUUUAAACUUCCUUAUUAUAUUAUUGGUGUUGCAGCUUAUCCGUUUUGUAACUGGAUUAUGAAAAAUUAUAGGGAUGAGUUAACUGUUGAAGAGACAUCCUUCAACUUAUAUUUGAAUCAAGCACGAAUUGUUGUGGAGCAAGCAUUUGGUCGCUUGAAAGGAAGAUGGAGAAUACUUUAUAAGAAGAGCGACCUGGAUGUUUACAAUAUGACGCAUGUGAUAAUAGCGUGCGGAAUUCUUCACAAUUUUGUGGAGAUAUCUAAACAACGUUAUAAUUCCUCAUGGGAUGUAGAAAGAUUUUACGGUGAAAGUGAAUAUCCCCAACCUGAACAGAUGUACAAUCGACAAAAUUCGUCGUCCGGAUAUCUUAUGCGAGAUCAUAUAUGCGCGUACUUGGCGAUAAAAUUUCCACUUCUAGAUAGAAGCAAUUAA